CUGGAACUCUAUAUGACAAUGUAUUGGUAUCUGAUGAUCUUGAAUAUGCUAAGAAGUUGGCUGAAGAGACAUGGGGCAAGCAUAAGGAUGCUGAAAAAGUUGCUUUUGAUGAGGCAGAAAAGAAGAGAGAGGAAGAGGAAGCAAAGGAUGACCCAGUCGAUUCUGAUGCUGAGGAAGGCGAUGAUGAUGAUGCUGCUGAUGAAGCAGAUAGUGAUGAUGCAGACGCCAAAUCAGAAACAAAGGAAGAUGUUACUGCCGCAGCUGAGGAAAAUGUUAAAGACGAGCUGUAGGAAAAUACUUGUGAGUGCUGUGGUUGGCCCAACAUGCUGCUGCGAAGAAGAGCUUUGUUGGCAAUUGAGCUCUCGACAUUUUUCAUUUUUCUUUUGGCUUUUAGCUGUAGAAUUGCUGUUUAGGGAAAAAAGAUAUUGGCUUUUGGCUUUUGGCUUUGAGUAUCAUUGUGCUUUGUACCGUUGA